AUGCUUAUCAUAUCACUUUAUGUUAGUGUUGUAAUAUGUAUUGUUAUACUACAAACCUAUCCGCCGCAGCCAACAUCACCAAAUCACAACUAUGUGUCGUUUUUUGAUUAUUUUCAUUGGCAUCCUAACCCCAUUAUGAUAUUUGCAAUAAUCGGUAGUGGAAGAAAUAAUGAUCAAGAUAGAUCAGUAUCUGAAUUACAGCGGUUUAAAGGUGCUGGUUACACCAGGUUGUUCUAUUUGACAUUCAUGAAGUACAUUUGGAGAAUAACAAGAAACCGAAUUGCACUUGUGGUGAUAACAGUGCUCUAUUUCAUUCAGGGAUUUGCGAACACGAAACUGAGUUUGCAAAAGGGUGCAUUGACAGAUGCAAUUGUGAAAAAAAGAGACAAUUCUGGGUUUGAACUUGCUAAGGUGACUAUGCUUCAAGUAACCACUUUAAUCAUUGGUGAAGUAAGCAAAAUGAUUUCAUGUAGUGCAAUAAACAAGGCAUUUACAUCAGCCUGUACAAGACAGUGCAGAAAAAUCAUCACUCAAAUCCCCAAUCUAUUUGAUACGUUUCCAACAGCAAAUGUGAUGUGGAACAUUCAGAUCUAUGGAGAAUCAAUCAAAAUGGUUUGUAGUACAAUGAUGGAUGAUAUCAUUCCACUAAUAGCCACAAUUACUACAUACUCUUAUACGACAUUUCGGGUGAUCAAUCUCGUUGCUGCAUUUGCAUUGAUAUUGGUAUGCGUUAUUUACAUAUUUUUGGUGUAUCAGAUGCACCGUGUUAGAUUGAAUCAGCGAAUAAGCAACAGUAUCAAACUAGACAAGUGUCAAGAAUUACUUAAGAAUACAUUGGACAAUCAGGAACUCAUUUACAUGAAUAACACGUUCGAAUAUGAAACCAGGAAGUUCUCAAACUAUCUAGGAUACACGUAUGAUCAGGAGAGUGAGUAUGUUAAGAAUAACCACAGAAUGGCUGUGGUGUUGGGGAUGUUCUUCUACUUCUGUGAGAUGCAGAUUCUAUUUUAUGAGUGCUUUAUCCGGAAGAACCUAACUGUAAAACAGUUUACAUUCUUCAGUUUAACAUUGGGGAAGCUACAUACACAGCUUAAAAGUGUUACAAGAGUCUGUAGAAUUAUAUCAACUAAUUUGAUAAUGAUCAGGCUUAAGAUGGAUAUCAGAGACAAUAAAAGCAAGCCAAUUUCAGUUAAAACAGAAAAUAAAAGUAUUGCACGAACAAAGAUAGAAAACAAGGCAGAAUUCAAGCAUGAAUGGAGCAUUAGGAACCUGAAUUAUUUGAAUUUAUUUACAGGUGCAUCAUUGACAAUAAGAAAGGGAGAGAAGAUAGCAAUAACAGGAAAGAAUGGAUCAGGAAAAACAACACUAUUAAGAUGCAUGUUGAGACACAUUCAGACGGAAGCAGAAUCCAAAUUUGAUGAGAAUGUAAUUGACUCUUUUGAUGAAAUCAAAGAUGCGUUUGGAUACAUACAGCAAUCCAGCACAUUAUUCAGUCAGAGUGUCCAUUAUAACCUGAAAUAUGGUAACAAACACCAAGAGAUUAACAAGAUUUACAAUGCAGCAAGAGAUCUAAGUGUUCACGAAACCAUAAAAAGCUUAUCAAAUGGAUAUGAAACAAUUUGUGGAGAAAACGGGAACAUGAUAAGCAGAGGAACGAAACAGAAGAUAGCACUUCUCAGGGAGUGGAUUAAAAACAAGCCAAUUCUAUUGCUUGAUGAAGCAACCGCAAGUAUUGAAACCAAGGAUGAAGAAAUGAUUUGGAAGACAAUUCUGAGCAAGGAAGACUUAACUGUCGUAGCAGUGAUGCCUGAAUCAGAGAAAAUGAGGUUGUUUGAUAAAGUUUACAAAGUAGAAGACAAAAGAAUCAAACUAAUCAGGGGAUAA